UUUAACCAAACCAAGUUCAAACAACACGGCCGAAACGACUUUACACCUUCGCGGAUGUUGCGGAAUUCCGGUCCCGAAAUCGGAAGUUACCGACAGGAGGACAACUCCCUCGGCAGCAAGUGCAUCGUCCAGUUCAGCAGGAUGCGUCGCCAAAGCUCAAAAUUAAUCGGAUCACCCAGGAAAGCGUGCCACAAAAGCAAUCGAGCGAAGAAGGACAAAACCAUCGAAGCUGCUUCAGCCACAAUUAUCGAGCAUGCUGUGCUGGAUGACAUUCCUGAGGAAGAUCUGAAGGAAGAGACAUCGAUUUGUUUGAAAUCGUGGAGUCGGUCAAACGCUGACGUGAUCUGGCAAGGACAAGGGAAUGAUGUUUCCCGUGUGAUGAUGCGAGGGCGAACGAUGAUCCAGCCACUUAAGAAGAAAUCGGCAGAAAAAAGGAAGUGGGUGGAUCUCAGUCGGGUGAAUCGAUGAACAACGAACGAAUAUUGAUCGGUACAGGAAGACGAGGAGAGCAAAGAGAAUAAGAAAAGAAUAUAAAUCUUUCGACAGGGGGUUUGUAAUGAGAACAAACAAAAAAUAAAUUAGUUUUAGAAUAAUAUUGAUUGAUUCCUUAUUUUGAUUUGAUUCCAUGUUUAUCACAGUACAAAAAAUCCAUGCACCUCUAUCACAUUACAUAUACUUUUGGGUUGUGAGUGGCUUUUGUCCAGUUACGCCCAGAUGAUUCGCUAGGAAGCAAUCGGUCGUAAAAACCUACAAAGCUUCCUCCAGUAAAUGUUUCGCACCAAAGGGAUGCUUGGCCCCAC